AUGUCUCAGCCUCCCACCAACCCUGUAUCGGAAAAGACAGGGCUGUGGUGGAUCGAUGGCCAAAGGUUUUCGCCCCUGUACACGGUCCUUCCCGCCGAGAUCAGGAUCCUCAUCUUCAAGUUUACACUCGCCAAAGACGUCGAUUUGAAGAAUCUGUACCCCUUCGAGGCGUUCUACUACAGACCAGGAUGUGCGGGGCCCAUGCGAGCCGAUCUCGGCUUGUUGCGCACUUGCAGGAGGGUCUAUCGCGAAGCCAAGGAUUUGGUUUGGGAUCCUUCAACGGGAAAUUGUGAAGAGACGUUUUGGUGGGGUGGAACUAUCCAUAGACCCAAAGAAUGUCGCUCGUACCUGCAUCGCAAUCGUUCAUGGGAAGGAACGUCUUCGACUAUCCUCACCAGGCCUUACACUGAAUCGCAGUGGUCCAGGAUGACGAGCAUACACUUGUACAUGGAGGCGCAUUGCUGUACGACUCCGGUCUUUACCGGUUUCUUCGCUCGCCUUGCGCAUCUCCGGCCUCGAGUCAUCCGAAUCACCUUUCGGCGUACAGAUUGGAUUGGGUGGGAGGCAGUCUCAGGGGGUCUCAGUUUAGGGACAGACGUUCCUUGGUAUCACGACGAUGCGCAAGCUACAGGAGCGAUUCCGAAUAGCGUGGAAGCGAUAAUUCUGGAGCUCGAGACCGUAGAGUGGAGGUCGGACGAGGUGGAUGACGUGAUAACGAUGAUGUUUGACCAUUCGAGCAGGUGUAGAUGGAAGCGGGAGGAUGGGCGGUACUUGGUGUUAGACAGGCAGGCGGGUGUUAAGCAGUGGGAUUGGAUGGGAACGUCGAGACCUGGGUAUGUUGGGUAUAAGUCCCAGCCCUUGGAGUUUCAGACGCAGUACACCGUGAAGGUUUUGAUGUUUACUCUGAGAUACUAG